AUGGCGCCCAAGGAGCCCUUCAAGGUGCAUUCGCUCAGCAAGCACAUUGAAAACACCAACAGGGGCCUCAGCGCAGACGCCCAGUAUAACCGACGGCCCCUCGGCCGACCUGCGCCCGCCAUCAAGCAGGAGCCUGGAGCUAUCAACAAGUCCAUCUUCGGAGAUGACGACGAUAGUGACGAUGAUUCGAGUGACAGCGACAGCAGCGGUGACGAGGGCGGUGCCGACUUUCUCAGAAAGCUCUCUCAACCUGCCACAAAGGCUGCCGCCGCGUCCAAGCGUCCCAGCAACAAGCUAGAGAUAGCCGACAGUGAUGCCGAGCGAAACAACAGGGCCAAGCUCGUCAAGCCUGACCCCGACUCUUCGGAUGACUCCACCAGCGACUCCGAGUCGGACGAAAGCCCGAAGCCCAAGGCGAAUGCCAAUGGGGUUACUGCCAAGAAGGCUCCCUCUUCUUCCGACUCCACCUCCGACUCCGACUCGAGCGAUGAGAAUGAAACUGGCAACGCGGAAAAGCCCGCCGUCGCGAAACAAUCUGAAUCCACUUCCGAUUCGGAGACCAGCGACAGCGACAGCGACGAAAGUGAGCCGGAGAGCGACGCAGGCGAAACAUCCGCCAAAACCAAGCCAGUCGUCAACGGCAACAGCCCCCAAUCGUCCAGCUCUAGUGAAGAAGACAACUCCAGUGACGAGAGCGAAAGCAAGGAUGGCAAGCCCGCCAAGCCUGCCCCGAAGCAGACCGGCUCGUCCCCUUCGAGAUCCCCUGCGAGCUCCGCCGAGUCUGACCAGGAAAUGGCCGACGAGUCGAUUCACAUGGAGGAUCGCCAGCCCGGAGGCCAAAUUGCCCCUCCUAGCGUCAUCUCGCCGGAUUUUGUCCUGCGCAAGAGCGGUGACGGCACCAGCGGCCAAGAUGUGGCUCGCAUCUGCAGCCAGGCCAGCAUGCAGGGCAAGCAGUUCUGGUACUUUACGGUUCCCUCCGGAGUGCCCAUCUCUGUGGUGCAGAACAUCGAGAUCCCUAUGGACGCUUCGCAGCGCGGAGACCGUGCCUUUACCCAUGGCGGACAGGACUUUGGCAUCUCAUUCGACAACAUGGCACCAAAGAGCUCUAUCCAGAUUAUGAUUCCGUCGGCAGAUGGAUCCCACUACCAAGCAGCUUCACAGCAGAUCGAUCAGAUCAUGCAGGUCAGGCGCAUCACGCAGCUGGGUGCCGAUGGCUCUACAGUCGGACCCUCGGAGAACAAUGCUCCUCGUCCCCAGCCAAAGGGCCUCAAGGCGCGCUUCAAGCCGAUUGGCGUCGACACUCCCAUGGGCAAGAUUGGCAUGGACAGCGGCUCAGGCGGCGAGGAUUGCGAGAUGGCGGAUGCCCCCGCCCUUCCUACGGCCCCCCAGGUUCCGCCGGACAUGUCAACCCCCAAGGCCCAGUCAGACAAGCCGACUCCCAAGAGCAAGAAAGGCAAACGCAAAGAGGCCGCAGUCGAGGCGAGCCAGCAGGCCGCAGUCCCGCGCAGUGGCAAGCGAAAGCAGCCAUCUUCCGAAGACGAGGCAGCCGCUGCAGCCUCGCAGCUAAUGGAGGAGAGCCAGACGGCAGAGUCCAAAACUAAGAAGCCCAAGACGGCUCGCGACGGGAGCCCAGACCUCGGCUCUGAACCGCCCCUGUCUGCCACGAGCAAGGCGAAGCAGACGCCCGUGAUGCCGCCUACUAUCCCGGCCCCAACGUACUCGCUCUCUGGCCUCGGGUCAGCGCCAGCGGCCGCCUCGUCCCCCUUGACGGGCAAGGCCAAGAAGUCGAGGAAGGCCAAGGGCGAACAACCGGUGCCCUCGAGCUCGCAGUCACUGCCGCCGGUCAAGAAGGAUACCCCGCCCAAAGUUUCGCCGGUCCCGAUCCCUCUGCCCGCCGUGGCCGCACCGGUCGGCAAGGACGUGAAGAAGGGCAAGAGGGGCAAAGACAGCGCAGGCAACGCGGCAGGGACCAGCUCGUCGCAGCAGACAUCGCCUCCUCCCAGUGCGCAGGCCUCCGGGAAGAAGAAGAAGAAGCAGACGGCCGUCCGAGCGCCCGAAUCCAAAGCCCCAGCCUAG